AUGAGUGUGAGCAUGCGCCCCAGCCCUGCGCUCACCAGUGCCUCAACACCCCCGGCAGCUUCAAGUGUAUGUGCCCGCCAGGGCGCCACCUGCGCAGGGAUGUUUCUAAAAACACCUUUAUAACAUGUUUCAAACGAUAAAUGUUUCCUGUGUGUGUGUAGACAUCAACGAGUGUGAGGUGAGGGACGCAUGCCAGCAUGAGUGUAUGAACACUCCAGGGAGCCAUCGGUGUUUGUGUCCAGCCGGCUACCGCCUCAUGACCAACGGCAAGACCUGCCAA